GCAUGUCAAUUGUGCUUGGAAAAAGAUUUCCUAAAAAUGAAAGUCGGAAAGCUCUGUGGGAGAAUGCCGUGAGGAGGAAGAAUUGGUGUGCGUCGAAAUGGAGCACUAUAUGUUCUCAGCAUUUCCGAGAAGAGGACAUAGACCGAACUUCCGUUUCAACAGUAAGGCUCCGAGAAAAUGCUGUACCAUCAGUUUUCCCUACACACCCAAAACAUUUGCAAAAGUACAGAGUUGGAAGGGCACGAUAUAAUGAAAUCAAUUGCCUAUCAAUGUAUGUGUCAAGGUCUCACUGCAAUAUUGUGAAGAAAGACAAAGGAUUAUACAUAAUAGAUGGUGGGAUAAAUUGUGUUGUAAUGCGAGGUUUUAAUGAAGAUGAAGUGUGCAGUUUUGUGGAGUUAACAAAAGAGAAAAAUGUUGAUGUAAGAUUUAUCGAGUACAUGCCUUUCAGCGGCAACAAAUGGAAUGAUGGGAAGAUGGUCUCAUUUAGUGAAAUGGUCCAAAUAAUUAGAAAGCAGUGGCCUAAUUUUGAUCCUCUGCCCAAUGGGCCCAAUGAUACCUCAAAGGCAUACCAUGUCCCGGGCUUCAAGGGACGUGUGGGAUUUAUUACCUCAAUGAGUGAACACUUCUGUGGCACGUGCAACCGUUUACAGAUAACAGCUGAUGGCAAUUUGGAGGUGUGUCUCUUUGGGAAUUCAGAGAUAUCUCUCAGAGAUGCAAUACGAAGCAAAUGCAGUGAGGAUGACUUGCUUGCCAUGAUUGGGGCAGCAGUGAGAAGAAGGAAGAAACAACAUCGAGGCAUGCUAAACCUGUCAAAGAUGAAGAAUCGGCCAAUGAUUCUUAUUGGAGGAUAA